GGACAGAUUACUAGUUCAUCCCCCCACCGUGAAUGGAUUCAUCCAACGGGUGCGAUGUUCUAGACUUCCUUGUCCAAUUAUAACUUCAGCUAAUAUCCACGUCCAUUGCCGUCAUUAUUAAUCAUUAUUGCUUCUACAAAGGGACAGCACUUGGUAGAAUAGUCAAACAUGGAGGUGUUCGGGUUUGGAGUGUCGAUGACAUUGUUUCUGGUUGUCGGUACGGUGCUCAUAUUUGCUUGGUAUGAUUGGUGGUGUCAUCAGUACUUCCAAAGACGAGGCAUCCCCGUGGGAAUAUGGAAGGCUUUGGAUGAAUAUAGAGAGAAGUAUGGAAAGAUUGUCGGGACGUAUGACUUCCAAUGCCCGGUUCUGAUCGUCAGUGACCCAAUAAUAAUUAAGCAUAUCCUGGUCAAGAGUUUCUCCAAUUUUCACAACCGUUGGACAAGGCCAAUUAUUCGCUAUGAUCGUUCACCUGUCGGUAGAGGUAUGUUUUUCUUGGAAGAUGGAGAUUGGAAGAACAUCCGGAACACUCUGACGCCGUCUUUCACUGCUGCUAAGAUGAAACAAAUGCCACCGGUGAUCAACGAGUGUUGUGAUACUCUAAUCACAAGUAUUAGUGAGGCACGAACGGGAGGCAAGGCAGUCGACUGCAAAGCGCUGUUCGGUGCCUUCACUAUGGAUGUCAUUGCGUGUUGUGCAUUCGGUCUGAAUGUGGACUCACAGAAGGACAAGGAUGAUCCCUUUGUGCAGAAUGCUAAGAUUCUUCUUGACGCUGGACGCUUCACAAAGCCUUUUGCUAUACUCAUUUCCAUUUUUCCAUUUUUGGCCCGCUUGUUUGGCUUUUUGGGAGCGGAGAUGGCUUUCGACAAGAAGGCUACCAAGUUUUUCCAGGACGUUACAGAGGCUACAUGUAAAUUGCGUAAAGAGGAAGGGGCAACAGCCCUUAAAGAGCGCAUCGACCUACUUCAGCUGAUGCUGAACGCCCACAAUGACCCUGAUACUGAUCUGGAAGACACGCCCAUCGCAGAGAACGGCUUGGAAGGGGGCAUGGCCCAACGCAAGCCCCUGUCAACUGAGGAUAUAAUGGCUCAGGGGGUUCAGUUUUUCCUGGCUGGGUACGAGACAACCAAUACGCUUCUGACUUUCACCGCUUACCUGCUGGCUACCAACCAACACGUGCAGGAAAAGCUACACGCUGAAAUUGACAACCUCGCUCCCACGAGAGACAACCUUGGCUAUGACGUCAUCGCCAAGAUGGAGUAUCUGGAUAUGGUGAUCAGUGAAUCACUGCGCAUGUAUCCUCCAGUAAUCUUCCUUGAGCGCUUGUGCAACGAAACUGUGAGCUGUGAUGGCUUUGUCAUUGAAAAGGGUGUUACUCUGGUCGUACCCGUCUGGAGUCUUCAUUAUGAAGAAGAAUACUGGAAAAACCCGACCAAAUUUGAUCCCGAAAGAUUCAGCCCUGAGAACAAGGCAACAGUCCAGCCAUUCACCUAUCUACCAUUUGGCUUCGGACCACGGAUCUGUUUUGGUAUGCGCUUUGCCUUGCUGGAAGGCAAGAUGGCGCUGGUACGUGUGAUGCAACAGUAUCGCUUUGAUGUCAGCUCGGAAACCGAGAUAGAUGAUCAGAUUUAUGAAGGAUCGCCAGCUUGGUGUGAGCUAAGGCUGAACAUGGAGCUCUUUGGAUUUGAACUGUCCACGACGUGGGUCCUCGUCGCUUGCGUGGUUCUCAUGUUGGCAUGGUAUGACCGGUGGUGUCAUCAGUACUUCCAGAGGCGAGGCAUCCCAGUGGCUGGCUACGUUCCUAUUUUUGGCAAUAGACUGCAAUGGUUGAAGGGAAUAUGCCAGACGUUUGCAGGAUACCACAAGGAGUGUGGAAAGGUAUUUGGAGUCUAUGACUUCCGACGCCCAAUUUUGUUCAUCAAUGACCCGGAGAUUCUCAAGCAUAUUAUGGUGAAGAAUUUCUCCAACUUCUACAACCAUACGUCGAAUCCCCUGAUUAAGAUGGAUCCUUCACCAGUCGGUAGAGGCUUGUUCUUCUUGGAAAACGAAGACUGGAAGAACAUCCGCAACACGCUGACGCCCUCGUUUACGGCAGCUAAGAUGAAAUACAUGACUCCGCUAAUUAAUGGGUGUUCCGACACUCUCCUGAAAAGUAUCGACGAGGCACGAAGGGGAGACAAGGCCGUCGACUGCAGAGAGGUCUUCGGGGGUUUCACCAUGGACGUUAUUGCGAGUUGUGCCUUCGGCCUGAACGUGGAUUCCCAGAAAAACAAGGACGAUCCCUUUGUCCAGAAUGCGAAGAUCCUCUUAAGUGGGAGGGGUUUCAACAGUACCUGGGCCCUACUUGCCUCACUUUUCCCAUUCUUGGCCCCCUGGUUCGCUCACUUUGGAAUCGGCCUCGUUUUCGACCCGAAGAGCGUCAAGUUUUUUCUGGGCGUGACAGAGGCUGCAUUCAAGAUGCGUAAAGAGGAGGGCGCCACGACCUCAAAACACAUCGAUCUGCUUCAGCUGAUGCUAAACGCCCACAAUGACCCUGACACGGAUCCAGAAGACACGCCCAUGGCAGAGGACGGCCUACGGACAGGGCGCGUGACCCAACGUAAGCCGCUGUCAACAAGGGAUGUUAUGGCUCAGGCAGUGCAAUUUUUCCUGGCUGGGUACGAGACAACCAACUCGCUGCUGACUUUCACCGCUUACCUGCUGGCCACCAACCAAGACGUGCAGGAAAAGCUACACGCUGAGAUUGACAACCUCGCUCACACGAAAGACAACCUUGGCUAUGACGUCAUCGCCAAGAUGGAGUAUUUGGACAUGGUCAUCAACGAGUCAUUGCGCAUGUACCCUCCACUUUCUUUUACUGACAGACGAUGCAACCAAACACUAAACGUCGAUGGCCUUGUCAUUGAAAAGGGUGUCACUGUGUUCGUAGGCAUCUGGAACCUUCAUCACAAUGAGGAAUUCUGGACGAAUCCAAACAAAUUUGAUCCUGAAAGAUUCAGCCCUGAGAACAAGGUGUCCAUCAAACCGUUCACCUAUCUACCAUUUGGCUUUGGACCACGGAUCUGUUUUGGUAUGCGCUUUGCCUUGAUGGAAGGCAAGAUGGCGCUUGUACGUGUGAUGCAACAGUAUCGCUUUGAUGUCAGCUCGGAGACCGAGAUUCCAAUUCGUCUCAGUAAGACUGGACUUAUUGCGCCGAACAAGUUGAUGUUGGAUAUUGUCCCACGGAAGUAGGUCACUCAUCAGCACCAAUAUGACAUGUGGAUCUCCAAGCUUCUGCGCUCGCCUAAUGUACAGUACAAUAUUACUGCCCUCCACAAUCACGCACAGCGGAGCAAUAUUUGAUGUACCAGACAAGUCACAAGGCACUUUAACUAAUCUAGAUAUAUUUGCAUGUUUGUCAUCUUGCGCGGUAGUGUGUGUGCGUUUAGUUCCAGAUUUGAGGAUUUUUUCACUUUGUUCAUGCUCCUGGUUGCAUGGAUGGAUGCCCCCUUAUCUAUCAAUACCAUAUUAUAUGAAAUACAUAAAAUACAUGCCUCAGGAAAUUUGGUAUGAAAAAUAUUAAUUUUGCCAACUUGUUAACUGAAAUUGUCUGUACCAAAACAAAACAUUAUAAUCCAGUGAGGAAAAGAGAAUGUUAGAUUUAAAGGUCUAAUAUACGUGACAAGUUGUAGUUAAUGAAUUGUUUAUAAAGGGAUGAUUUAUUUUACAGUAAAAGGUUAGAGCAUUGUCUGAAAUAUUUUCCUUUAAUAUAGGCCUACUCUAAGAUGUCAGCUUUGCAUAAUGUCUGCAUAAGUUUUUCUUAAUUUCAAGGUGAUAAUGAUAGAUUAUUUUCUGUUUAUAAAAAGCCACCAGUUCGAUAUUUCAAACAAGCAAGGUCAUUCGGGAACAAAGCACGAGCGCGAGUCGGCGUAUCCAGUCCAAGCGCAACAACAGAGGGCGUGUUGUUUGGAACCAUAGGCUGAGUUCAGGCGGCUUGUUCCCGUAUGUUCACGAACAUUCGAUUUGUUGUUAGUGGGUCGGCUGCUCGAACGCCGGGGAAAAACAAACAAAAUGCAACAUGGCGGCGUCCAUGUACGUUACUCGAGAGUUAAGGCUUGGAUGGGUUGAUAAACAGGAACAUUCAUUUCUGUGUUUGGGAAAAUAAUUAAUGUUAUUGUUGCAAAACUUCCCAUUGUCUGCA